AAGUAAAAAUGGCUGAAAAUGGCUCGGAAAAGAAAUAAGAGCAGAACUUUAAAUGUGUCCAGUGGCAAUAACAUCGAAAACAUCGAGGGCUCAAGAUCAGUCACCGACACAGAAUCACAGGAAAACAGGCUCAGUCAAACUUACUUGGAGACAGAGAACAGUACCUGCACUUUUAGUGAACAAAGUUGUGUCGUGAAAGGACCCCAGGAAUCUUGCCCAAGGCCAAAUGAAACAGAAAGUAGAAAACACGUCGACUGUCUUUCCGGAUAUCAUCAGUCUCUUGAAGUUCUGGCGACAGAUGAAAAUAGUCGUAGCGCCAGCGUAGGGGCUCUGUCCCUAAAUACGCGAAAAAGAAAAAUCCACCUGUCUACUGCAGACUGUCUUUCGCUGACACAAUCGUCAAAAGCUCUGUCCAAACCAUUCGAAAUUCCAAAAAGUAAUAAAGAUCCAAAUAGAGGCCUACAACCUAGAUUUAGGAAGAAAUCAAAAAGUGUCUGCCAUCCAAAUGACAUUAAAAAUAUCAAAUCUGAUAUUGAACAUGUAGAAGUAGAUGGUUGCAGUUUUCCAAACGAAAAUGUUAAUGAAUCGACAGCACACUCUCCUGUCAAGAAAGGCCCGUUUGUCGAAAGUAGCUUUGAACAUUCUGUCAUAUCAUCUUUAGGAUCUUCACAUCAGCAAUCAGGAUUUUCAAAGGCUUCCAGUUUAAUAUCCAGUCAGCCAGUCAAGACUGAAGUAAUAAGAGACCAGGAAACACGUCAAGGCUUACACUCGUCUAGUCAACCUAGCAGUAACUUUACAGCAGCAUCUAGUUUACUUGGACUAACAGCAUCCCAGUUGGAGACAGGGGGCUUUCAGUCAUCAAAAGGAGCUGUGAACAGUAUAUACAAAAGGAGAAACAGUAAAUUGCAACGCGCAAAGGACAGUGCAGGACCAAAUCAGAAGAAUAUUUCAAGCUUCUUCACCAAAACAAAAGUUCACUCAACGUCACCAGUAAAGAUUAAGAUGGAGACACGUAACAAUAUUGAGGAGGAGAAUGAAGAGUUUGUUCCGUUAACAUACAGAAGCCCAUCAAAGAUGUAUUCUCCAAUCAAACAGAUGUCAGGUGCCAUCUACAUCAAUGAUGACAGCAGCAGUCCACAGUCAUCACAGUCAGAUAAUUAUGGACAAUCUACAAAACAUAAGUUUCAGGAGAAUACUUUUGUGAAAAAACUAUUUGAUGGUCAAAAAGCUCUGGCAGCAGGACAGCCAUUACCAAAGAAAAGAAGAACGGAUACGAGUCGUACUCCUCAGUCCACCGUAUCAGUGUGUUUGACAAAUGCCAAACCAAACACAUCAUUCUCAACUUUUAGUAGCAAAGAUAGUAGGCAAACAACAGAGACAAUAUACAAGCAAACAUAUGGGCUGCUUGGAGAGGGUUCUGGAUCAGCAUUUGCAGAUGUAAAUUUGCAAAAUAAAACAAACUAUUUUGAAGUUCUGCCCAUUGAUUUGAUAGAACACAUAUUCUGCCAACUCCCAAUUCUUGAUUUGUGCCUGAACAGCAACAGAGUGUGCCAACAGUGGAAUGACAUUAUUUCAGAUAGAAAGUUUGUGCCAUGGAAGAAGAAAUACCACAUGCUGAAGAAAGGCUAUGGAAAUACUCUGGCUGAAAUCAAAGGGAUAAUGGCCAGUGCUGGAAUGUCUCUGCCUUCAAUGUAUCUUAAAGGAUUGAUACGGCACAUGAAGGACUUCAAGCCUGUGACAGCCAGCAAUAUGACCAAGUGCCUCAAGGCACAUCCCAAAUAUGGUUGGGCCACUGCUCUGAUCAGGGAAAGAAUUCCUGAAUGUAUCGAACGUGAGGAAGCCAACCCCUGGUGUGUGGUUACUGCGUUGGUUGUUAUCUCAGACAGUCUAGCUGACAUACAGGCUAUCAUAGAGGCACUGACAGUCAGCCUCUCUCAGUGUACGUCCAUGGAGGUCCUGGAGUGUCUAUACUGUAUUGCAACCUUCCUAUAUACUUUCCGGCUGAAGGCUGGGGCUGAUGUGUGGAGUGGCAUGCACUAUCGAGUGUUCUAUGCCCUGUACCUGUAUGAGAAUACGUCCGUGACCAGCCACAGCAUGCUUCAAGAGUCCAUGACAUCAGCCAACACCGGUCAGCAGACCAUCGUAAAGUAUAGCCGAGGGGACACACUAGUACGACUGACGCACGAACAGCUGAGAAUUGUCAAGCAUUCCCCUCAAAAUGGUGACUGUGUCAAGAUUGUAGCCUUUGCAGGUACUGGCAAGACAACAACUCUUGUUCGAUUCACCCAGCUGAGACCUGACAAGAAGUUCCUUCUCGUUGUCUACAACAAGUCAGUUCGGGAACAUGCGAUGAAGACGUUCCCUCACAAUGUCACCUGUAAAACAGGUCAUGCCUUGGCCUUUGCCUCUGUAGGACGCAGAUAUGCUGCACGGAAGAAGUUGAGAAAUCUGAAGGUGUAUGACAUAUCCCAGAUCCUUCCCUCCAGAAAGGGAGACAACCUGUUUGUUAGGGCAAAGUUUGUAAUGGAGACCAUUAACAACUUCUGCAGCUCUGACAAUGAUAACAUCACCAGCGCUCACGUUCCUGACUCGAGGACAGAUGACAGUGGCGGUGUAGUGUCUAUAGACCAUGCUACCAAGAUGAGGUAUGUGGAGGAUGCUGAGUAUCUGUGGAAGAGGAUGAAGGACUAUGAUGACACUCGGGUGGGGAUGACGCAUGACGGGUACCUCAAGAUGUAUCAGCUGUAUCGACCCAAACUCCUUGAGUAUGACAUGAUCCUUAUCGACGAGGCUCAGGAUUUGACACCAGCCGUCAUACGCAUCAUGAUGAAUCAAACACAGGCCAAGAUCCUGGUGGGAGAUCCGCAUCAGCAGAUAUACUCCUUCCGUGGUGCAGUCAAUGCUAUGCAACAGAUCACUGCAUCACACACAUUCUACCUUACUCAGUCUUUCAGAUUUGGUCCCGAGAUAGCCCAGGUUGCUGCAAGCUGUCUCGAGGUGUUCAAGUGUGUCAGACAGAAGACCAUCGUGGGCCACGGCAAGCCAGGUACACUUCUUCUGUCACAAGCUCAUCACAAGACUGAAAUGAAAGAUAACCUCCCAGUCAUUACAGACAGAAAGUAUCAGUAAACUAUUA